AUGGAGGGCGCAGCUCCGUGUCGUGUCUCUCUCAAAGUGUCUCUCGGACAGCGCUGUUGGGGACGAGCCUGGCGCUUUGAUUUAGGGAUGGGGGUGGUUUCCUCACUAACGAGUCACCCCCUCCAAAAUAUCGCAGAAAGUGGACGGCCCCAGUUGGAGGCACAUCUUGAAACCCGCGGGGGAGGCCAUGUCGGAAGAAGGUUUUGUUUUUCUCCUGGUGAGAAUUCGAAGACCAUGUCUACGGAACUCUUCUCAUCCGCAAGAGAGGAAGGAAGCUCUGGCUCAGGACCCAGUUUUAGGUCUAAUCAAAGGAAAAUGUUAAACCUGCUCCUGGAGAGAGACACUUCCUUUACCGUCUGUCCAGAUGUCCCUAGAACUCCAGUGGGCAAAUUUCUUGGUGAUUCUGCAAACCUAAGCAUUUUGUCUGGAGGAACCCCAAAACGUUGCCUUGAUCUUUCGAAUCUUAGCAGCGGGGAGAUAACUGCCACUCAGCUUACCACUUCUGCAGACCUUGAUGAAACUGGUCACCUGGAUUCUUCAGGACUUCAGGAAGUGCAUUUAGCUGGGAUGAAUCAUGACCAGCACCUAAUGAAAUGUAGCCCAGCACAGCUUCUUUGUAGCACUCCGAAUGGUUUGGACCAUGGCCAUAGAAAGAGAGAUGCAAUGUGUAGUUCAUCUGCAAAUAAAGAAAAUGAAAACAGCACUUUGAAGCCCUUGGAGUGGCAGGCACCUAGGAACCUGAGGUUUCAAAAGAGACCAGGAAAGCCUUAUGUGUCUCCUCUUUCUCUGCUGGACAAUGGAAACUUGGUGGACAGUGAAAUGAAAUAUCUGGGCAGUCCCAUUACUACUGUUCCAAAAUUGGAUAAAAAUCCAAACCUAGGAGAAGACCAGGCAGAAGAGAUUUCAGAUGAAUUAAUGGAGUUUUCCCUGGAAGAUCAAGAAGCAAAGGUGAGCAGAAGUGGCCUAUAUCGCUCCCCGUCGAUGCCAGAGAACUUGAACAGGCCAAGACUGAAGCAGGUGGAAAAAUUCAAGGACAACACAAUACCAGAUAAAGUUAAAAAAAAGUAUUUUUCUGGCCAAGGAAAGCUCAGGAAGGGCUUACGUUUAAAGAAGACAGUCUCUCUGUGUGAGAUUAAUAUCACUCAGAUGCUGGAGGAAGAUUCUAACCAGGGGCACCUGAUUGGUGAUUUUUCCAAGGUAUGUGCACUGCCAACCGUGUCAGGGAAACACCAAGAUCUGAAGUAUGUCAACCCAGAAACAGUGGCUGCCUUACUGUCGGGGAAGUUCCAGGGUCUGAUUGAGAAGUUUUAUGUCAUUGAUUGUCGCUAUCCAUAUGAGUAUCUGGGAGGACACAUCCAGGGAGCCUUAAACUUAUAUAGUCAGGAAGAACUGUUUAACUUCUUUCUGAAGAAGCCCAUCGUCCCUUUGGACACCCAGAAGAGAAUAAUCAUCGUGUUCCACUGUGAAUUCUCCUCAGAGAGGGGCCCCCGAAUGUGCCGCUGUCUGCGUGAAGAGGACAGGUCUCUGAACCAGUAUCCUGCAUUGUACUACCCAGAGCUAUAUAUCCUUAAAGGCGGCUACAGAGACUUCUUUCCAGAAUAUAUGGAACUGUGUGAACCACAGAGCUACUGCCCUAUGCAUCAUCAGGACCACAAGACUGAGUUGCUGAGGUGUCGAAGCCAGAGCAAAGUGCAGGAAGGGGAGCGGCAGCUGCGGGAGCAGAUUGCCCUUCUGGUGAAGGACAUGAGCCCAUGAUAACAUUCCAGCCACUGGCUGCUAACGAGUCACCAAAAGACACUGCAGAAACCCUGAGCAGAAAGAGGCCUUCUGGAUGGCCAAACCCAAGAUUAUUAAAAGAUGUCUCUGCAAACCAA